CCUGUGUUUCUGUCUUUCGUCAAAAAGUUUCUGAGGAAACGGGAAAUUCAGAUCUAGCCCUUGAUAGCCUGUCAUAAUGCAGUCCCUUUAGCAAUACUCACUGCUUUAAUGGCAUUGUGAGCCUGAUCCGCGUAAAUUACAAAUAUCUGUUUGCUAUAUUGCCUACGAUGAAGCUAAUGCUGCCGCCUUCCUGAUCUCAUCCUAGAAUUCUUUUAAUGAUAUUGCAAUAGUUUGAUUUGUUUUUCCGCCCAGUAUCUUGCAGAUAACUGCAUAGCAUCUUUGUUGUCAUAAGCAAUUGAAGUGGAAAUUAUGUCGAGGAGACCGGUAUUACCAUCUCGACGAUUUGGGGACAGCGGUGGUGGAUUGUUUUCCACUUCGAAAUCGCGGUCCUCGCCCAUUUUGUCUGUUGGGCUUAUACUCGUGGGGGGCUUGCUUCUCAUUGCCUAUCAUUACAGAAGUUCAGGUGGAUUUGGCAGCCAAUUAGAAUCUGCCAGCAGGGUUGAAGGUGAUUAUUUGUGCACAUCAGAGGUCCAACGAACAAUUCCCAUCUUGCAGAAAGCAUAUGGUGAUGGAAUGCAUAAAGUUUUGCAUGUUGGUCCCGACACUUGUUACGUGGUCUCUAAAUUGCUAAGGGAGGAGGAAACUGAAGCCUGGGGAAUUGAACCCUACGAUAUAGAGGAUGCUGACAGUAACUGCAAAGCACUGAUCCGCAGAGGCUUUGUGCGUGUGGCUGAUAUCAAGUUUCCUCUUCCAUACAGGCCAAAGUCUUUUUCUCUUGUAAUUGUUUCGGAUACCCUAGAUUACUUAUCUCCAAGAUACCUCAACAAAACCCUACCAGAUCUGACAAGGGUUUCGUCCGACGGCAUAGUGAUAUUUACUGGACUUCCAGGUAAUCAGAAGGCUAAGGUUGCAGAUGUUUCCAAAUUCGGCAGAGCGGCUAAGAGAAGAAGUUCGACCUGGUGGUCUCGGUUUUUCCAACAGACUAAUUUGGAGGAGAAUGAGGCUGCUUCGAAGAAGUUUGAGCAAGCUGCUGCUACGAGUUCGUUUGUUCCCAGAUGUCAAAUAUUCCACCUGAAGCCUCUCAAUUGACCCCUGCGAUGUUUUCUUUAGGAUCGUUGUAGCUCCUAAUAGCUGCUUAGCUUCACUUUCUACGAUGGAGGUAAUUUGAUUCUUUUGAGCAUCACGGUGCCUCAUUUUUUGUUGGAUUGUAAUAGAUUUUUAUAUUCUUUGUAAUUUCAAUUUUGCUUCAUAUUAAAUUAUAAUAAAACGAAGUUUUUCCUCUCUUCCUUAAAUUUCUUUCAGGUAAAGCCAUAAAUUGCAUGAGUGAUUUAUGUAAAUUUUUGGACCCAAAAAACAAUGAUUUAUGUAAAUUUACGCGAUUUAUGAAUC